UUGAAUAAGUUAUUUUUUAACACGUCCAAAUGCUCAGUCAUGUCGUUCACACAUUCACGCCAUCCUCACAUAUACAAAUAUAAUAUAGAUGGAGUAGCCUUGCAGCAGGUAACAGAGGUAAAAGACCUUGGAGUUCACUUUACUUCGAAACUCAAUUUUAGGGAACACAUUCUUAAAAUUUGCAAGAAGGCUGUAAAGUCACCUAGAGUGACAGUCGGUAUGACACUAAAUGCUGACAAAUGUCAUGAUAUAAAGUUUUCUAGAAAGAAAACAUCUCUUGCAACAACAUAUUACAUUGAUGGUCGUAUUCUGUCUGAAGUUCCUCACAUACGCGAUUUAGGAGUUACGCUUGACAAUAAGCUUCGUUAUAAUAUCCACAUCGAUAAUGUUGUCAACAAGGGUUUUAGGACUCUUGGCUUCCUCUUCCGUAACUGUAAGCAAUUCAGGGAUACUCGCACUAAAAUAAUUAUUUACUCAGCCUUGGUACGAAGUAUCUUGGAAUACUGCAGCGUAGUAUGGAAUCCCCACUUUAAUAUUUACUCACACAGAAUCGAAAAGAUACAAAAGAGAUUUCUUUCGUAUUUAUCUUACGAUCAUAAUCUAGUUAAAAUUCUUAGAACUUACGAAGAUAGGCUAAAUUACUUUAACGUUCAGCCACUUUCGAAUCGAAGACAGCUCCUUGACCUUAUUUUCUUGUAUAAGUUGGUGAAUGGCGUCAUUGAUAGUUCUUAUUUACUAGCCAAAUUAAAUUUUCGUACCCCAUUGAAGUCAAAAAGGCCGUUGUCUUUUAUACCAUUCGUAGAAAAGAGCACACGUUCUCGUCAAGCGCGCUAUUCUCCGAUUAAUAGUUUGAUGUUGAGUUAUAAUGCUAUAUAUAAAUUAUCACAUAAGAAUUGUAUUAGUGCCAUAAUGAAUACUUAUAAUAAACAUAAGGAUAGAAAAGUUGAUAUUGACAUAUUUUCAGAUAAUCUUUGGAAAUUUAAAAGUGAUUUAUUAAAUUUAUAUUCUUCAAAUAAUUGUAAUUCACAGUAA